UGUUUGGCUAGGAAUGGAUAAGAGCGACUCCGUAGCUGUCAUAUUGUUCAGAGCAUCUGAUCGUAACUCAACAUGGUGACCAUAAUGCUACCGUUGAGCAGCUGGAUAUCUCAUCGAUACUUUUGUCAGGAAUAUCAUCGCAGUUUUCAUCCCUUAACCAACAGGUUCACUACGCUUUAAUAAUACUCAAGAUGGAUAAGGUUCAGAAAGCCCUCGAUGACCUCGAACGCAAGGCGACCAAGAGCGUCAAGAUCAUCUCCAAAGGCGAGAAGUUGUCCGUCGGCGAUGCGAUCAAGCUGGGCCGGAAGACAAACUCCAUGAUAUCAACCAUGAAGAAGGCCGUAAAGGGAUACGAGGGCACCACCCCCACGGAGGAGGAAAGCCAGAAGAUCCUGGCGCAGUCGAAGCGGAUGGUGGAGCUCAGCGAGGCGCAGCUGGACCAUUUAAUCUCACUAAAACCGCACAUCGAAAAGCUGCACGUCGGAGGUCUGGUGAAGAAGAGCAUGUUGAGGACCCAGGCCGCAUCGGGGGAGCUCGAGAAUGUCAUGCGGGAGAAGUCGCCGGAGAACCUGAAGGCGGAGGGUGAGGCGCUCGCGAAGCGCAAACAGGCUGUAUUUGAGAAGGCGCUCGCUGCUUUUGCCAACUCCACGGGCGGUGAGGACCAGGCUGAAGGCGAGGACGACAGUGAUUAGGUCUAUGAGAGCAUCCUGUGUGUCAAUGGCCCACCCAGCGCGGGAUAUAUAAAGGGCCACAUUUAGGUUCGAAAUAUAGUCAGUCUCGGAAAACAGG